AUGCGCGCAUGCAGCCGCAACAUGAACACUGUUACUGCCGCAGAACAGGGGCUUGCGCAGCUCCAGAACCUUCUUGCGUCUGUCCCCUUUUCUCGAGGAUCAGAGCCGCAGUGUCACUUUCUUAAUAUCUACAAAAUCUCCCAUGCGGAGCUUGCAGCGCUCGAUCUCACAGAGGCGCGUUGGGACCAGCUUUUCCCAAUAUCAGCAAACAAGCUCUUGAAACUCGGCAUUUCGCUCGGAAAUCUCUUGCGGUCGUACGAACUUGAGCUGGACGCGUUUCAGCGGCGUACUCCACAUCUACUGGCGUCAGACCCGUUCGAUGAAGCUCUUCUGGAACGCACGAAAACCAUGCCCGCGCAUCAUCUUCUGUUUGCACGUAACUUUGUGCUAAUUCUCAAGAACUUUAAUGUCGGCGUAGCACGGCGAGGCAAAAGCGAUGAUCUGCUGUCUGGAACAGCGUCACUGAGCACAUCUGGUUCGCCAAUAAAGUUGAGGUCACGUCAACUUCUCAUUGAGAAGUUGGAAAUCAAUAUUCGGCUCGACUGCCUAUUCACGAUCAAAGUGGUUUUGCAAAUGCUCGUUGCUUCUUUUGAAGUCGCCCUUCGACUUUUGCGUGCUGCAACAGAGCUUGGAGACACUGCCGUUCUUAGUACUAUCCGUGUUUAUUCCGAAUCGCUGUCUGAAGUAUCAAAAGUUUCUGGUACGCCAUCGGACUUCUUUACAUAUUUGAACGAAGCGCUUGUUCGAGUCUCAUCGGGUGUGGUGGAGCCUUUGACUGCGCUUCUUCUAGAGGAGCUAGUUGGGCCUUUAGUCAUUGCUAGUUGCCAGAAUCUUGUUGCUGGAAUGUAA